CUGGUCGCUCUGAAACCUGAAAAAUCUAUUUAAGCAACCCGCUCGCUCUCUUCUUCGUACAUUUUUUUGCUACGAGGAUAUGUCGCGUCGCGCAAGAAUUAAUUAUUAAUCAAAGAAAAUUAACAGUGCUUGUGCAGUGCAAGUGUGAUUACAAAUUUUCGGGUAAAAAAAUCCCACCAAACAAAAUAAAUUCACCCACACAGUCAAACAGAUGCAUACGUGUGCAAUUGAUACGCACACACACACGUACACACAAGCGCGUACGCAACAGAGAGUUGUAGGUGUAGUAGAAAGUGCAGCAGGCGCGGUCUAAAAUACAUACGUAUACAUAUAUAAGUAAUUCGGACGUGUAAAUAAACCGGGUCGCCCAUAAUUUAGGGGCGGUACUACGCCCUCCGCCGGAAUCGAAAUCGGAGUAGCGGCAAACGUGUUCAAUUCCCGAAUCUCCCCUUGCUCUUUCUAUCUCUCUCUUUCUCUCGGUGCGUACAAGUGUGUGUGUUAGUUAGUGAGCGGCCGUGUGUGUGUCUGUUUUUGUUGGUCACUUUAAUUCGCCACAUAUACAUACUCUCAAAAAAAAACUGGCGUUAAUCCUGCAUCGUUUUUGUUGCUGUUUUAUCCUUACAUCCUGCAGCUUCCAGAUAUUUUCCCUUUCGUCUAGUAAUAACGAAGGUCUUCAUUUUUCAAAGGCGGAGGAAGCUGAUAGAGAAAUAUUGAAAGUGGUCCGGGAAUGAGUUUUCCGAGGCGAUACUGGACCUGGAAAUCGUCUCCAUGGACUGAGAGGAUACGGCAAUAGGAACUCUAAACCGGAGUCAAAGGUCAAACCGAAGGCUAGCAUGAGCGAGAGUGCAAGGGAGACACAUAGACAGACAGCUAGAGAGAGGGAGACGAGACGAGAGGAGCUCCCAUAUGUGCCAACAACAACAACAACAACUACAACAAAAUUAAUAACAUUUCACGCUUGAGGGAGCGAUAAAAGUCUGAUAACGAUUGAUAAAUAACCAAUCACAAUACGGCAUCAUAAACGUUUUAAACACAUAAGGCAACCCACAGCAACAUAUCGUCUACAUAGAAAAGAACAGGGUCCCAACAUGAUCGCCCCGCAAUAAUUCAAGACAUCAGUUCCACAUCAACAAAAUAUUUUCCCGAAUCGCCAAAAUCCACAGUCAACCGACGACUAUAGCCUCCUAGCAACCAAACGAUAGUUAACAGAGAUUAAAACAAUCAUGACUUUCUCGACCUUCACACGCAAAAUGCGCGGGCGCAUGCGCUCCAAUACCUGCCGGAUCGUCCUGCUCACCUCACUCGUCUGGGUGAUCUUCGACUUCGUCCUCAUCGCCCGCUAUUCGGAUUGCAUCGGCAAGGAUGGAUGGCGAUGCAAGCGAUCCGGGGAGUACGACGUGGAGCUACCCAAUGCCGAACGCUUGGUGGAUGACAAUCAGUUGGUAGAUGACAAUGAGAUCAAUACGGAGAAAUCCCUGGACGGUGAUUCGGGCGGAGCUCUCAUUAUGGGACAGGGCUUUGCGCCGGGCGGCAUUUCCAUGACCUAUCCCAGCGUGGUGCUAAAGAAGUGGUUCCUGGCGCCCUCCGUUCAGGAGGCCAAGGGUAAACCGGGCGAGAUGGGCAAGCCGGUGAAAAUACCCGCCGACAUGAAGGAUCUCAUGAAGGAGAAGUUCAAGGAGAACCAGUUUAAUCUGUUGGCCAGUGACAUGAUCUCGCUGAAUCGCUCACUCACGGAUGUGCGACACGAAGGUUGCCGCCGCAAGCACUAUGCCUCUAAGCUGCCCACCACAUCCAUUGUGAUAGUUUUCCAUAACGAAGCUUGGACGACCCUGCUGCGAACAGUCUGGAGUGUUAUUAAUCGGUCGCCGCGUGCCCUUCUCAAAGAAAUCAUCCUCGUGGACGAUGCCAGCGAAAGGGACUUCCUGGGCAAACAGCUGGAGGAGUAUGUGGCCAAGCUGCCGGUCAAGACGUUCGUACUGCGCACAGAGAAACGUUCCGGACUGAUUCGGGCACGUCUCCUGGGAGCCGAGCAUGUGAGUGGUGAGGUCAUCACCUUCCUGGAUGCCCAUUGUGAGUGCACGGAGGGUUGGCUGGAGCCUCUGCUGGCGCGGAUUGUGCAGAAUCGUCGAACGGUUGUGUGCCCCAUCAUUGAUGUGAUUUCCGACGAGUCAUUCGAGUACAUCACGGCCUCGGAUUCCACGUGGGGUGGUUUCAACUGGAAGCUAAACUUUAGAUGGUACCGAGUGCCAUCGCGGGAAAUGGCGCGCAGGAAUAACGAUAGAACUGCUCCAUUGCGAACUCCGACGAUGGCUGGUGGUCUGUUCUCCAUCGAUAAGGAUUACUUCUAUGAGAUUGGUUCCUACGACGAGGGCAUGGAUAUCUGGGGCGGCGAGAAUCUGGAAAUGUCGUUCCGAGUGUGGAUGUGCGGGGGCGUGCUCGAGAUCGCGCCCUGCUCCCGCGUGGGUCACGUGUUUCGCAAAUCUACGCCUUACACCUUCCCCGGCGGCACCACGGAGAUUGUCAAUCACAAUAAUGCUCGUCUGGUCGAGGUUUGGCUGGACGACUGGAAAGAGUUCUACUACAGUUUUUAUCCAGGAGCUCGCAAAGCUUCGGCUGGCGAUGUAAGCGAUCGCAAAGCUCUGCGUGAUCGCCUCAAGUGCAAGAGUUUCCGCUGGUAUUUGGAGAACGUUUAUCCCGAGAGCUUAAUGCCCCUGGAUUACUACUAUCUUGGAGAGAUCCGCAAUGCGGAAACGGAAACCUGCCUGGACACGAUGGGCAGGAAGUACAACGAGAAGGUGGGCAUCAGCUAUUGCCACGGCCUGGGUGGAAACCAGGUGUUCGCCUACACCAAGCGCCAGCAGAUCAUGUCCGACGAUCUGUGCCUGGACGCAUCCAGCUCCAAUGGCCCCGUCAACAUGGUGCGAUGCCACAACAUGGGCGGCAAUCAGGAGUGGGUCUACGAUGCGGAGGAGAAGUGGAUACGCCACACGAAUACGGGUCAGUGCUUACAGCGCGCGACGCGGGACGAUGCCAACACGCCGCUGCUGCGUCCCUGCAGCUACGGAAAGGGGCAACAGUGGCUGAUGGAGUCCAAGUUCAAGUGGCAGGCUCACUAGCUGGAUGUCACAAGGACACCCGACAACAACUAAACUCAACGGAUCCUACUAACUAUACUGAGAACUUCCAAUUUAUGUUUAAUCCUUGCUGGCUCUUAUUUUUGACGAUUACGUAGCCUAAGUUCGUUCGGAUCUAAGUUCUCUCCAUGCAAAUAUCUCUCUCUGUGUGCGUGAAUGUGUUUGCGGCCGGAGAAUUCCUUCGGCGGCAGGAUGUCUUCCCAAAAUCUUGAUGCGCGUGUGUGAGUGCGUGAGAGUCAGUACUAAAAUUUAGAUUUAUCUGUUUACAUGAUAUGCAUGUAUUUGUGUUUAUAUAGGCAGGCAGGCAGUUCUACGAUUUAUCUAGGUAUAUGUAAUUGUAAUGUAUAUUUACAUUAGCUUCGACCAAGUACCAAUAAAUUGGCAUUUAACUGA